ACGCUGAGCUGCCGCCAGUUACGGUUUGUCUUUCGAACGCGAUGUUUCAUUUGAACAUAAUAUUUUAUAUUAAUAUUAUUAUUUCAUCAUUCUGUAAUUGAUAUUUUUUUUUUUUUUUAAUUCAAACUAAUUUUAUUAUCGUCAAGUUAUUUAUUCUUGGAAUACUAUAAUUAUAAAGGUUCUUUUUUUUUUUUUUUUUGUAAUAAAAAAUAAUAAUCUAACCUCAAAAAAAAAAAUUAUUAUUUGCCAAAUACAAUUAUCGGCAAGUAUAUAUGUAUAGUGUUGUGUGUUGUUUGUGUAUUUGUGUAUCUUUCAUCCAGUCUCAUCGUACUGAGAAUACAGAAAUUUUUAAGUUGAAAAAAAAAAUGCGAAACAGUCAAGCGUGAGUUUGAGACGAAUUUCGUAACCUUGAAAUAAGUAUUUUUUUUUUUUUUUUUUUGGAGUAUGUGAAGGUUCUCAUUUAGUGAAAAUUUGUGAAACUCGUGUGAAUUUAUUAUUUUUUAAAUAUAAUUUUUUUUAAAAAAGUUUUUUGUGAUAAUUUUUUUGGAUUAAUUUGGCUUAAUAACAUUUUGUGGAUACAAUGUCAUCAGUGAAUGAGGUGUGAAAAAUAUGAAAAUGAUGAGCUAGCAAAAUGUGUAAUAUAAAACGGCAUGGAUUUUUAGCAUGGCCGUAUAUGUGGCUGUGGUUAUGGUUUAUAAUAAUACUUGGUACGUCAUCUUCAGGUGGUAAUAUUGUCAUUAAAAAUAAUAAUACAAAUGAUGAUUUAUCAACAACAAUAAAAUCACAAUUAAUAGAAAAUGAAUUUUCAUUUACUGCAAAAAGUUAUAAUGUUACAAUACCAGAAAAUUCAAUUGGUAAAACAUAUGUUACAAGUGAAGAAAAAAUUGGUAUAUAUUUACCAUUAUCAUUACAAAAUAAUAUAGCUGAAAUUAAAUAUCGUAUUAUAAAUGGUGAUCGUGAUAAAUUUUUCAAAGCUGAAGAACGUAUUGUUGGUGAUUUUUGUUUUUUAUUAUUACGUACACGUACUGGUAAUGUUGAUGUAUUAAAUCGUGAACGUAAAGAUCGUUAUGUUUUACAAGUGCGUGGUACAAUAAUAUGGAAAAAUAUAAGACAUAAUAAAUUAUUAAAUGAUAAUUAUGAAAUUGAAACAACAGUUAUUGUUAAUAUACUUGAUACAAAUGAUCUUAAUCCACUUUUUUAUCCAACAAAAUAUGAAGAAAUUGUUAGUGAAGAUACACCAUUACAUAAAAGUAUAUUAAGGGUUAUUGCUGAAGAUGCUGACUUGGGUAGAAAUGGUGAAAUAUAUUAUAGAUUUGCUGAAGAGUCUCAACAAUUUGCUGUUCAUGCAGUCAGUGGAAUCAUCACGCUUACAAGACCACUCAGAUAUUCUGAAAAUCCAAUUCAUGAGUUAACGGUUAUUGCUGAAGAUCGUGGUGGUUUAUUUAGAGGUUUUGGUGGUGGUAAAAGUCGUGCAAGUACAGCACCAGUGACAAUAAGAGUAAAACAAGUAAAUCUUUAUGCACCAGAAAUAUAUGUUAAUACAUUACCGGAUAUUGUUGAAAAUUCAAAUACUGAUAUUUAUGCAAUAGUACGUGUUGUUGAUCGUGAUGAUGGUAUUAAUGGAGAAAUUGAAAGUUUAAAUAUUAUUAGUGGUGAUCCAGAUGGACAUUUUAAAAUUAAAAAAAAUGAACAAAAAAAUGGUGAAUAUCGUAUUGAAAUAGCUGAUUUACUUGAUAAAGAAACAUCACCUUUAGGAUAUAAUUUAACAUUACAUGCUAUUGAUAAAGGUACACCAAAACGUUUUAGUUAUAAAAUUAUACCAGUACAUUUAACUGAUGUUAAUGACAAUGCACCAGUAUUUAGUCAUGAAAUUUAUGAUGUUAAUGUACCAGAAACAGCACCAAUUAAUACACCAGUUAUUAAAUUAAAAGUAACUGAUGCUGAUCAAGGUAAAAAUUCACUUGUAUCACUUGAAAUUGUUGGUGGUAAUAAAGAUAAUGAAUUUUAUGUUAAUCCAAAAACUGGUAUGUUAUAUACUGCUGUUAAAUUAGAUGCUGAAAAAAAAGCAAUUUAUACAUUAACUGUAUCAGCUGUUGAUCAAGGUAAUACAGGUACAAGAAAACAAUCAUCAGCAAAAGUUAAAAUAAAUAUUAUUGAUGCUAAUGAUAAUGAUCCAAAAUUUACACAAUCAGAAAUGACUAUUGAAAUUGAUGAAAAUAAACCAGCUGGUACAGAUGUCAUAAAAGUUGUAGCUACAGAUUUUGAUUCUGGUGAAAAUUCAUAUAUAUCAUAUUCCAUUGAUAAUAUUGAAAAAAUACCAUUUGAAAUUGAUCCAUUUAGUGGAUUAAUAAAAACAAAACAAAUACUUGAUUAUGAAACAAUGAAACGUGAUUAUUUAUUAGCAAUAAGAGCAAGUGAUUGGGGUUUACCAUAUAGACGACAAACUGAAAUGUUAUUACGUAUUAAAGUACGUGAUGUUAAUGAUAAUAGACCACAAUUUGAAAAAAUUGAUUGUAUGUUACGUGUACCACGUUAUAUACCAAUUGGUUCAGAAAUUAUGACUGUAUCAGCAAUUGAUCUUGAUUCUGAUAAUAUUAUUAAUUAUAGAAUUGAUUCAACAAAUGAAGAUACAUGUUUUUCACUUGAUUCAAUAACUGGUGUAUUAUCAAUUGUAUGUGAUUUAAGUGAUAUACCAUUAACAGAUAUAUAUGUUAAUGUAACAGCAACUGAUGGUACACAUUUUGCUGAUUUAAAUGUCAUAAGUGUACAAUUAAUAAAUGCUAAAAAAAAUAUUAAUACUGUUACUGAUAGUGAUAAUGGUAGUAAUAGUAUUGGUGGUCCAUUUAAAUGUCGUGAUACUGGUGUUGUUAAAAAAUCAACUGAUGCUUCAGAACUUGCUGAAAGAAAUAAUCAAAUUAUUAAUGAUGAACGUUCAACUUAUGAUACAUUAACACCAAGAAGAUAUCGUGGUAAUGUACAUGAACCAGAAUUUAUUGAUUUUCCAAAUGAAAUAAAAAUUAAUGAAUCAAUUAAAAUUGGCACAAAUAUCAUUCAAAUACAUGCAAAAGAUCGUGAUCUUGAUUAUAAUGGUAAACUUGUAUUUGGUAUAUCAAGUGGUGAUCCUGAUUCAGUAUUUAGUAUUAAUCAAGAAACUGGUCAUUUAACAACAAUUGGUUAUCUUGAUCGUGAAAAAGAAAAAGAAUAUUUUUUAAAUAUAACUGUUUAUGAUCUUGGUGAACCACAAAAAUCAACAUCAAAAAUGUUACCAAUAACAAUACUUGAUGUUAAUGAUAAUGCACCAAAAUUUUAUAAAACACUUGUUAGUAUACGUAUUCCAGAAAAUAUAUUAAAUGGUACAAUUAUAUAUCAAGCAAAUGCAACUGAUGCUGAUCUUGGUGAAAAUUCACAUAUAAUAUAUUCUUUAGUUACCGAAACAAUUGAUUUUAAAAUUGAUUCAAUAACAGGUGUAUUAAGUGUUAAUGGUAAAUUAGAUCGUGAAAAACAAAAUAUUUAUGAAUUAAAAAUACGUGCAAGUGAUAAUGGUGGUAAGGAAAAUAAUAAUGCUCAUAAUAAUAAUAAUGAACAAGUAACAUUAUAUUCUGAUGCAUUAAUACGUAUUACAAUUGAAGAUAUUAAUGAUAAUCCACCAAAAUUUACACUACAAAAUUAUUCAGUUAAAAUACGUGAAGAUGUACCAAUUUGGUCUGUUGUUGCUGUUGUUGAAGCAACUGAUCCAGAUGAAAAUGCAGGUGGUGAAAUUGAAUAUAUAUUAUCAGAUUCAAUGGAUAAUGAGGGUUAUUUUAAAAUUGAUUCUCUAUCUGGUACAGUACGUACAAUUAAAAGUCUUGAUUUUGAACAAAGACCAGUUCAUACAUUAGUAAUUAUUGCUAAAGAUCAUGGUGAACCAUCUAAGACAAGUGAAGCAACAUUAAUUAUUGAAGUUAUUGAUGUUAAUGAAAAUUUAUAUCCACCGGUAUUUGAUGAUUCAAUAAUUUCAUCAAGUGUAUUUGAAAAUCAACCAAUUGGAUCACUCAUUACUACUGUACGAGCUACUGAUAAAGAUCCAGUUGGAAGAGAUUCAAAAAUUGGAUAUAGUAUACGUGGUGGUGAUGGAAUUGGUCUUUUUACGAUUGACGAUGAAGGCAAUGUUAGAACAAAUGCUGUACUUGAUGCUGAAUCAAAAAGCGGCUACUGGCUAACAAUUUAUGCCCAAGAUCAAGGUGUUGUUCCACUGCAUUCUCAACUUCAGAUGUAUAUCGAGUUGAUGGAUGAAAAUGAUAAUACACCACUGACUGAAAUGCCGAUUUACAAUCCGUCUGUAGCUGAAAAUUCUCCUGCUGGUGUCAGUGUAUUACACAUAAAAGCUUUUGAUCGUGAUGUUUCCCCUCAAGAAUUCUCAUUUUCUAUAACCAGUGGCAAUCCCGAGGGUUACUUCCUCAUCAACUCUACUACUGGUUUAAUAACAACAAGUGGAAGAAAAUUAGAUCGUGAAAAUCAAGCAGAACAUGUGCUCGAGAUAACUCUUAGAGAUGAUGGAACACCAUCACUAUCAUCAACAACACGUGUUAUUGUUAAUGUUGAUGAUAUCAAUGAUCAUGGACCAGAAUUUGAACAAAAAUUUUAUACUGUUCGUAUACCAGCAACACCAGACAUUGAUAAACAAUUGUUUCAGAAAUCAUGGAACCAAUCAAUGGCAUACGAUCAAUCUAGUGAUAACGAUGCAUUGCUUGAGAAUGGAUCAUGGGAAACAUAUAGUCCCGACACAAUGAUAGGAGAUCGUAUCUUCAGGGUACUGGCAAAUGAUAAGGAUGUUGGUGAAAAUGGAAAAAUAGAAUACAGUAUAAAAGGUGGUAGAGGUAAAGGAAAAUUUCGUAUUCAUCCAACAACAGGAAUGGUUUAUUCAAUGAAAGGUUUUGAUGUUGGACAAGAAUAUGAAAUGAUGAUUCGUGCUGCUGAUAAUGGUACACCACAACGUAGUCAUCAAACACGUGUAUCAGUACAAGUUAUUGAAAUACCAAAAGAUUCAAAAUAUUCACCAGUAUUUAAGCUAAAUAAUCAAACAGCAGCUGUUACUGAAAGUGAUGAAGUUGGUUUUCUUGUUGCACUUGUACAAGCAACUGAUAAAGAUGGUGAUAUUUUAUGGUAUGACAUUAUUGAUGGUGAUAAAAAUGAUGAAUUUUUUAUUGGUCGUGAUAAUGGAAAUGUUUUGUUAGCUAAAAAACUUGAUUGGGAAAAAAAAAAUUUUUAUAAUUUAACAAUAUCAGUAACAGAUGGUGUAUAUUUAAAUACAACACAAUUAUUAGUUAAUGUAUUGGAUAUUAAUGAUCAUAGACCAGAAUUUACAGAUAAUAUAUAUAAAAUUGAAAUAUCAGAAAGUGUUGAAAAAGGUGAAAUAAUAUUACAACUUGAUGCAAAUGAUCGUGAUGAGGAUAAAAAAAUUUUUUAUAGUCUUCAUAAUGCACAAAAUAAACGUUCAUUAGAAAUAUUUCAUGUUGAUUCAAUUAGUGGUAAAAUAAGUUUACAAGAUAGUUUAGAUCGUGAAACAAUUGAAGAACAUAUAUUAACUGUUAUGGUUAGAGAUCAAGGUACACCAGCUAAAAGAAAUUAUGCAAGAGUUAUAAUAACAGUACAUGAUCAUAAUGAUCAUUCACCAGAAUUUAUAACUGAUAUUGUACAAGGUAAAAUAUAUGAAACAUCAUCAAUUGGUAGUGAAGUUGUACAAAUAUAUGCUAUUGAUCGUGAUCGUGGUGAUAAUGCAAAAUUAUCAUAUUCAAUAAUAUCUGGUAAUGUUGGUAAUGUAUUUACAAUUGAUUAUAAUACUGGUAUUAUUAGUAUUAUACGUGAACUUGAUUUAAGUAUAACAUCUGAAUAUAUAUUGGUAGUUAAAGCAAGUGAUCAUGGUAUACCACCAAAAACAAAUACAAUACCAGUUGAUAUAUUUGUUACAAUGGCUGAUAAUGCACCACCACGUUUUAUAAAUCGUCAACUUGCUGCUGAAAUAUAUGAAAAUCAACCAAUUGGUACAUAUGUUAAACAUGUUGAUGUUAGAUCAACAUCAUCAUUACAAUAUCAAUUAAUAAAUGGUAAUAAAGAUGAUAUGUUUUUUGUUAAUCCAACAACUGGUGUUAUUAUAACUAAAAAAAAUUUAGAUUAUGAAAAAAUUAAAAUAUUUAAUUUAACAUUAUCAGCAACAAAUAUGGCUGGUUCAUCAUCAACAUGUAAUAUUAUUAUUCAUGUAUUAGAUAUAAAUGAUAAUCCACCAAAAUUUUUACAAGCAAUAUAUCAUGGUGAAAUAAGUGAAGGUGCAAUUAUUGGUUCAUUAGUAUUAACAAAUUCAAGUACACCACUUGUUAUUAAAGCUGAAGAUGCUGAUUCUGAAUUAAAUGCUUUACUUAGUUAUGAUAUUAUUGAAGAUUUACCAAGAAAAUAUUUUCAUAUUGAUUCAAGUACUGGUGCAAUACGUACUGUUAUGAUACUUGAUCAUGAAACAAUAUCAAGCUUUAAAUUUCAUGUUAAAGUAUCUGAUCUUGGUAAACCAAAAUUAUCAUCUGAAACAACAGCAAAAGUUAUUAUUAAAAUAACAGAUAUUAAUGAUUGUCCACCAAAAUUUAAUAAACAAUAUUAUAAUGUAACAUUAUUAUUACCAACAUAUAAAAAUGUUAAAGUUAUUAAAGUUGAUGCAACUGAUCUUGAUAGUACAAAAAGUAAUACACCAUUACGUUAUGAUAUUAUUGAUGGUAAUGAUAAUCAAACAUUUAUUAUUAAUUCACAAAGUGGUAUUAUAACUGUACGUGAUAAUAAAAAUAUUAUUAAUAAAUAUUUACUUCAUGUACGUGUAUCUGAUGGUAAAUAUUCAAGUGUAACACAUGUUAAUAUUAAAGUUGAAAAAUCAGAAAAUUCUGGUCUUGUAUUUGAAAAAAAUAUAUAUGAAGGUACAAUUAUUGAAAAUUCAACAAAAAUAAUGACUGUUGUUGUUGUUAAUGUACUUGGUAGUUCAUUAAAUGAAAAUAUUAUAUUUAAUAUAUUAAAUCCAACUGAUAUGUUUGAUAUUGGAAUAACAUCUGGUGCAAUUAGAACAGUUGGAAAACGUUUUGAUCGUGAAACAAAUGAUCAUUAUGAACUUAUUGUUGAAGCUAAAAGUCAUUCAGAUAAUCGUGAAAAACCAAGAGUUGCACAUGUCAUUGUUAAUGUUACAAUUAUGGAUAUUAAUGAUAAUUGUCCAAUUUUUGUUAAUCUUCCAUACUAUGCUGUUGUUUCAGUUGAUGCACAAAAAGGCAGUCUUGUUACCAAGGUUCAUGCAAUCGAUAUGGACAGUGGUGAUAACGGUGAAGUAACAUAUGAAUUAAAAAAAGGAAACGGUGAAUUAUUCAAGGUAUCAAGAAAAAAUGGUGAAAUAUUAUUAAAACGAAAUCUUGAAGGUCCCAAUCGUGAAUAUUAUCUUACAAUUGCAGCUAGAGAUGGAGGUAUUAUUACACCGUGUUCCAUUGAAGUGCCAGUUAAUGUCAAAGUCAUUGAUCGUUCCAUGCCAAUAUUUGACAAGCAAUUUUAUACAGAUAAUGUCUUUGAAAAUAUUGCUAUUGACACACCACUCUCAUUGUCAAUACAAGCUAAAUCUGAUCUUGAUCGUAAACUCAUCUAUAGCAUAACAAAAGGAAAUGAUUUUGAGGAAUUUGCACUCAACUUUAAUACUGCCCCUGACAAUAACAAUGGUCCUUGUACAAUUUACGUCGUAGAUGAAUUGGAUUACGAGGAAAAAAAACAAUAUGAAUUGACUGUACGUGCAACAGAUAGUAUUUCAGGUGUUUACGCUGAGGUACUUGUCAGUAUUUUAGUUCAAGAUGUCAAUGAUUGUCCACCUGAAUUUACUCAAGAUUCCUACAAUGUAUCUGUUUCCGAGGCAGCAUCAUUUGGUACUUCAAUAUUAAAAGUAUCAUCAAGAGACAACGAUACUGAUAUAAAUCAAAAAGUCAUGUACACAAUUAAAAAUGAUAGUGUUAAUAGUAAUGAUUAUUUUCACAUUGAUACUGAUGAAGGAAUAAUUUAUUUAAAAAGAUCACUUGAUCAUGAAACUCAUGAAUCACAUCAUUUUACAAUAAUAGCAACUGAUCGUGGUAUUCCACCAUUAUCAAGUACAAGUCAUGUAUGGGUUACUGUUAUUGAUAUGAAUGAUAAUCCACCAAAAUUUGAACAACCAUCAUAUACAUGUUCAUUAUCAGAAGAUGCUGAAAGAGGACAAUUUGUAACAAUUGUUACAGCAAGUGAUCCAGAUUAUAUUGAUGAAAAAUUAAUAUAUACUAUUGUCGGUGGUAAUGAACAACAAACUUAUAGUAUUGAUCAAACAACUGGUAUUAUAACAUUAAUUAAUAUGCAAAAUUUUGGUGAACAAAAAUUAACAAUAUUAAAUAUAUCAGUUAGUGAUGGUGUAUAUACUAGUUUUACACGUGUUAAAAUUGAUAUAUUACCAGCAAAUAAACAUAAUCCAAAAUUUAUAAAUCCAUUAAUUGAAGUUAGUAUUAUGGAAAAUCAAUUACCAGGUAAAUUAAUAACAACUGUAUUAGCAAUUGAUGAUGAUUAUGGUGAUUAUGGACAUGUAACAUAUACAAUACCAUCAAUGGAAAUGCGUGAAUUAUUUAAUAUUAAUAAUGAUAAUGGUGAAAUAACAAAUAAAAAAAUACUUGAUAGAGAAAUUAAAAAAAUUUAUGAAAUACUUGUUAUGGCUAGUGAUGAUGGUGGUAGAUUAGGUUUUACAAUAGUACGUGUUAAAAUUAAUGAUGAAAAUGAUAAUGCACCAAUAUUUUUAUUACGUGAAUAUAAAAUAUCAAUACAUUGUAAUACAACAAUACAAAUACCAUUUAUUAAAGUUAAAGCAAUUGAUAUUGAUGAAGAUGAAUCAUCAUUAAUUGAAUAUACAAUUUAUGAACCACAAAAUUCAAAUAUUAAAAAUAUAUUUAGUAUUGAUUCAAAAACUGGUGGUAUAUCAUUAAUUAAAAAUGCCGUAUCAUUUGAAAAUCAAUUAUUUGAAUUUUUUAUACGUGCAACAGAUAAAGGAACAACACCACAUUAUGCUGAUGUACCAAUUAGUAUUUAUAUAAUGAGUUUAAAAGAUACACCACCACAAUUUGAACAUAAAGAUGAUAAAUUUUUUAUAUCUGAAUCAUCAAUAAUUGGUACACCAAUAACAACAUUAAAAACAAUAUCAAUGUUAAAUAAUACAAAAAUUAAAUAUCGUAUUAUAUCAGAUAGUAUUGAUUCACCGCUAUUUAAUAUUGAUGAACAAGGACAAAUAACAUUAGCAAAAAUGCUUGAUCGUGAAUUAAAAGAUAAUCAUUUAAUUGCUGUAUUAGCUGAGACUGAUUCAACACCAUCAUUAACAUCACUUGCUGAAAUAUCAUUACAAGUACUUGAUGAUAAUGAUCAUGCACCAAAAUUUGAAAGUAAUCCAUAUAAUAUUAAAAUUGCUGAAAAUAUACAAGAAGCAACGUCAAUUAUAAAAAUUAUUGCACAUGAUAAUGAUCUUGGUAGUAAUGGUGAAGUACGUUAUUCAUUUGGUAGUGAUAUUGGUGAAUUGGCAAAUGUAUUUACAAUUGAUUCAUAUACUGGUUGGAUAACAAAUCUUGUACAGCUAGAUAAAGAAAAACAAUCAGAAUAUAAAUUACAAGUUGUUGCAACUGAUAAUGGUAAUGUUAAACAUUUUUCAAGAACAUCAGUUAUAAUUAAGUUGAGUGAUUAUAAUGAUAAUUCACCAGUAUUUACAAAUGAUAAUUAUUAUGCUACUGUUAAAGAAGAUUCAUUACCAGGUACUGUUGUUGUUAAAUUAACAAUAAUUGAUAAAGAUAUUGAUAUAAUAACACCAGUUGAAUAUUAUAUUAUAUCUGGUGAUACAAGAUCACAAUUUCAAGUACGUACAACUGGUGAAAUAUAUGUUGCUAAAACACUUGAUCGUGAAAUACGUGAUAAAUAUGAAUUAAGUAUUGUUGGUACUGAUGGUAAAUAUGUAUUUGAUACUAAAGUAACUAUUGAAAUAAUUGAUGUUAAUGAUAAUCCACCUUAUUGUUUAAAAUAUCGUUAUCGUGAAAUAUUAUCUGAAGGUACACAUCCUGGUACAUAUGUAUUAACUGUACAAGCAACUGAUUAUGAUAAUGAAUCAAAUUCAAAAUUACGUUUUUAUUUAACAAAUGAUAAUAAUGAUAAUAAUAAUGAUGAUAAAUUUUCACUUGAUAAAGAUACUGGUGUAUUAAAAACAAUUGGACAACUUGAUCGUGAAAAAAAAUCAAAAUAUUUAUUAACAGCACAUGUACAAGAUAGAGAAAAAACAUAUUGGGAAUGUUCAUCACAACUUGAAAUAAUAAUAACUGAUUUAAAUGAUAAUCCACCAGUAUUUACAAUGACAUCAUAUAGUACAGCAUUACCAGAAGAUGUUAAAAUUGGUACACUUGUUGGUAAAGUACAUGCAACUGAUAAUGAUAUUGGUAUUAAUCGUAAAAUUAAAUAUGAAUUUAUUGAUUCAGCUAAUGGACAUUUUAUAAUAUCAUCAGAUAGUGGUAUAAUAACACUUGCUAAAUCACUUGAUCGUGAAACAAAAGAUAUGUAUAAUUUAACAAUAAAAGCUAUUGAUCAAGGUAUACCACAAUUAUUUAGUACAACAAUAAUGAUUGUUGAUGUACAAGAUAUCAAUGAUAAUCCACCAGAAUUUACAACAAGAUCAUAUUAUGCAAGUGUACCAGAAAUUAAUCAAAUUGGUAGUGAAGUUGUUCAAGUUGUUGCAAUAUCAAAAGAUACUGGUGUAAAUGCAAUGGUAUAUUAUUCAAUUGUCGGUGGUAAUGAACAUAAAAAAUUUGCUAUUAAUAAUAAUACUGGUAUUAUAACAAUUGCUGAACAAUUAGAUUAUGAACGUGCACGUGAAUAUUUUUUAACAAUACAAGCAAUUGAUGGUGGUAUACCACCAUUAAGAAAUUAUGCAACAGCUAAUAUAACUGUAACUGAUUGUAAUGAUAAUCCACCAAAUUUUAAUCAAAUUGCAUAUCGUGCAAUUGUCAAUGAAGAUGCUAAAAUUAAUGAUCAUGUAUUACAAGUAUUUGCAAAUGAUAUUGAUAGUAAUGAAAAUGGUAAUAUAACAUAUACAAUUGAACGUGGUGAUAGAUUAAAACAAUUUAUAAUUGAUAAAAAAACUGGUAUUAUUAGUAUUGCUAAUAAACUUGAUCGUGAAAGUAUUAGUAGUUAUUCACUUGAAGUACAUGCACGUGAUAAUGGUAAACCAAUACUUGAAAGUUUUGUUAUUGUUAAUAUUGAAAUAAUUGAUGCAAAUGAUAAUCCACCAUUAUUUACAACAACAAAUUAUACAACUGUUGUACAAGAAGAUAAACCAAUUGGACAUAGUAUUAUAAAAUUUAUUGUAACUGAUGCUGAUAUAUCACCAAAUGCUGAACCAUAUACAUUUGAUUUUCGUUCAGGUAAUGAUGGUGAUGCAUUUCGUCUUGAUCAAGAUGGUACAUUAAGAACAGCUAUUAAAUUUAAUAGUAGAAUUAAAAAUCAAUAUAUAUUACAUAUACGUGUAUUUGAUAAUGGUAGUCAACCAUUAUAUUCAGAUGCAUGUAUAACAAUUAAAAUUAUUGAAGAAUCACAAUAUCCACCAGCAAUAACACCACUUGAAAUUAUUAUUAAUUCAUAUAUGGAUGAAUAUCCUGGUGGUAAUAUUGGUAAAAUAUAUGCAAAUGAUCGUGAUCAAUAUGAUACAUUACAAUAUAAUAUUGUUGAUUUAAUGUCACCACAAAUUAUAUCAAAUAAUGAUCUUUUUAUAAUUGAUAAAAAUGAUGGUAGUUUAACAGCACAACCACGUAUUGAUGUUGGUGAAUAUCGUAUUAAUGUUACUGUAUCUGAUGGUAAAUAUUAUUCACAUGCUAUUAUUAAUAUUAAUGUUGAACUUAUUAAUGAUAAAAUGCUUGAUAAUUCAAUUAUCAUACGUUUUCGUGAAGUUAGUCCAGAUGAUUUUAUACGUAGUCAUCGUAAAGUAUUUUUACGUACAAUUAGAAAAUCAAUGAAUUGUCGAACAAAAGAUAUUAUUAUUAUUGGUAUACAACCAUCAAUUGAUGAAAUAAAUAUUAUUAAAACACGUAAUGUUAGAAAUAUUAUUAAUAAUAAAAAAACAUCAAGACAAACAAUACAUAAUGAUCUUGAUUUAAUAUUUGCUGUUAAAAAAGCUAAUGGUUAUUAUACAGCUGAAAAUAUACGUGAAGCAUUAAAUCAACAUAUUGAAGAACUUGAAGAAUCAACAAAACUUGUUGUUGAAGAAAUUGUACGUUUUAAAUGUAACAAUAAUAAUAAUGAUAAUCAAGAUUAUUGUAUUAAUGGUGAAUGUCGUGAUAAAAUUGUUGUUGAUAAAAGUCAAAUGAUAUCUGUAUCAACAGAUGUUAUAAGUUUUGUAACAUCAAAAUAUAAACAUAAAAUUGAAUGUCAUUGUAGAGAGGGUUAUGCUGGUAAUCAUUGUGAUGUUAUUGUUAAUGAAUGUGCUAAUAAUAAUUGUAAUUCAUAUCAAAUAUGUAUACCAGAUUUAUCAAAAAAAGGAUAUGUUUGUCAAUGUCCAGAGGGUUUAACUGGUUCAACUUGUAAUACUGAUAUAACAAAAUGUCAUGAUGAUUCAUGUUAUACACCAAGAAAUCCAAUAUCAUUUAGUGGUAAAAGUUAUGGUGCAUGGAAAAUUGAUAAAAGUAAAAUUAAAGAAACAAUUGAAGAUAGAUUAAGUUUUUCAUUGAAAAUAAGAACUGUACAACCAACUGGUAAUUUAAUGUAUGCAUCUGGUAAAAUUGAUUAUAAUAUACUUGAAAUUGUAAAUGGUGCUGCACAAUAUAAAUUUGAUCUUGGUAGUGGUGAAGGACUUGUUAGAGUUAAUAGUGUAUAUAUAAGUGAUGGACAAUGGCAUGAAAUACAAUUAGAAAGAGAUAAUAAUAAUGCACGUUUAACUGUUGAUGGUAAACAUGUUGCACAUGGUUCAGCACCUGGUAUUAAUGAUAUAUUAAAUUUACAAUCAGAUGAUCUUUAUCUUGGUGCUGAAGUACGUCAACAUCCAACAAUAUUAGGUUUUGAAGAUGUACAACGUGGUUUUAUUGGUUGUAUGGAUGAUGUUAAAAUUGAUAAAAUAUCAGUACCAUUACAUAUGAGUGGUGCAAGUACAAUUGCAAUAUUAAAACGUUUUGCAAAUGUUGAAUUUAGUUGUAAUACUGAUAUUGUAUUAGUACCACCUGGUAUAUGUGGUUCACAACCAUGUCAAAAUGGUGGUACAUGUAAAGAUAAUAAUAAAGAUAAUACAUAUGAAUGUCAUUGUCAUGCAAGAUAUACUGGUAUUGUUUGUGAAAUUGAUACUGAUCCAUGUGCAUCAUCACCUUGUCUUUAUGGUGGUCGUUGUAAAGCUAUUUCAAAUAAUGGUGAUUAUAAAUGUGAUUGUAUUGGACAAAAUUUAACUGGUAAACGUUGUGAAUUUGGUAAAUAUUGUGGUACAAAUCCAUGUUAUAAUGGUGGUAUUUGUGAAGAGGGUAAUAAUGGACCAAUUUGUAAGUGUCAUGGUUUUAUUGGUGAUAGAUGUGAAACAGAUAUUAAUGAAUGUAAAAAUGAACCAUGUAUUAAUGGUGGUACAUGUGUCAAUGAAAUUGGAAGUUAUAGAUGUAUAUGUACAACAAGUAUGUCUGGUGUUAAUUGUGAACAUUCAUUAUUUUCAAAUCCUCUAUUAUCACAACAUCUUAAUAUAACACAACAACAACUUAUAUUGAUUGGUAUUGCAUUUAUUAUCAUACUUAUUAUUAUAAUAUUUAUUAUAAUAUGUAUUACUUGUCGUAAAUUUAAAAAAAAACGUACAAGAACACGUGCCAAUAAUAAUAUUAAUAAUGAAACAAGCAAACAAGCUGUUCUUAAUUCAACAAGAACAAAUGAUCAUGAAUUUAAAAGAACUUCAAAACUCAGCAAUUUAGAAGUCAUACAGCGUGAACCCCCACAAUGUCCUCCCCGACCUGCAUCCUACACACCCAGUUCAAACAACGAGCCUAUGUCAUAUGGAAAUUCAGCAGCAGUGGCAUUAAAUAAUCUUGAUACAUUACGUAGUUAUGGAAGUGCUGGUGAUGAAUUAGAAAACUUUCCACCAGAUUAUUUGAGAAAUCUCAACCGCACUACACCAGUACCAAAUACAACUCUUGCACAUACAAAUACUGUUUGUGGAAAUACAACUUCAAGUGACACUGAUAGUCUUCACAAACCAAAUUGGCAAGAACAAAUUCAUCUUGCCUCAUUUAUCAAUGAUACGACGAAAAUUAAAAAUGACCUCAAACGAGCUAGUCCAGUGGUACCAGAGAUGACCUCUGGAAGCCUACUACUAAAUUCAUCACGACGUAAUACACCACAUAUAGGUGGUACUUCAGUUGCAUCAGUAUCAUCGAUUGAGGAUGAUCCUCGAAUGGUCGGUGGAUAUCACUGGGACUGCUCAGACUGGGUUAGACCAAAUCAAAAUCCCCUUCCAAAUAUAACUGAAGUGCCAGGCAGUGAAGUUCCAGAUUCAUCAAGUUUUCAUAGCAAUGAGAGUAAUGAAUCCAACACUCAUCAAUUACCAUCAAUGCACGGUACAAUUGAUCCAACAAGAGAUAUUUCAACUCUAAAUGAGGAUCAAGAGUCUGAAUACAUUGGUGAAUCUGAAUGUGGAACUGAUUUCUCCGAACAAUAUCAUCACUGUACUGAGACACAAAGAUUGAAUCCCCUAGACAGUGGUGGUGAAACUGAAUAUAAAUAUAAAGAUAAAGACAGUUAUUUGAGACAUCCAAAUUCAUAUUUACCACAUUACAAUAUUCAUACUGAUACAGAAAAUGAAAUGAAUCCAUUGAAUGGUCGUUUAAGUACACUGGAUUCAGAUGAAGAAGAUGAAGAAGAAGAAGAAGAAGAAGACGAUGUAGUGCCUUAUGGUUUUCCAAGCAUAAGACGUAACAGAUGUAAAGGCGACGAUAUAGAUGAUAUUAGUUCAGUUAUAACGACACUUGAAGAAAGAAAUUCACUUCUUGGUGCAAGUAACAGUGAUUUAUCAACAAAUUUAUGUGAAAUUGAUGAUUCAGAGUAUGAAAUUAAUGAACAAAAAACAAAUGGUCGUUUAUGGUUGUCUGGUAAUGGUGUUACACAAACAUCUGUUUGAUAAAUUAUUAUUUUUUUAUAUAUAUUAACGACACACACACACACGAUGCUGUAAUGAAUGAAUCAUUGUUUUUUUUUUUUUUUUUAUCUUUUGCUUUAUUGUCUUGUGUGUUAAUAGACAAUUCUAUUAUUAUAAUUUUUUUAAAUAUAUGCUUUUUUUUAUCUCCUGUAAAUAUAUUAUAAAUGAUAUUUAAAAUCAUGAUCGUGUAGAUAAUUUCUGCCGGCAGCUUUUUUACGAGACUGAACAUUUUUAAAUGAAUAUUUAAUCAUCAUUGGAAAAUUAAAACAUCAAAUU